UUAAACUAAGUAGACAUAGUAAGGAACGGUGUUACACAUAGAUUCCAGGGUCUCUAUCGCAAAAUUGGUUUCACUGUCACCAAUGUGUCUAGCUGCUGGUAGGUAUAUUAACCGCAGCGAUGAUCGACUUUAAUGUACCGUGGAAUAACGGAUGUGAUUUAAAUGCUUGGCUUAAUGCAUCACGAGAAUACGGCUGGAGUGCGCUGUGCUUAAAUGUCUACUACAGCAUAGACAAUGCAGGUAUCCACGAACUCAGAACACGCCUGCCAAGGGCACCUCCAAGUGAUAGUGGCACUGCCCCUAAGGUGGUCACAACGCUUGGGAGGAUCACGCCACUUGGAUCUAAUGUCAUUCGCAGAGCUACUUUAGUGCUACAGGAAGGUUUCCAACCCACAAGUGUUAACAAAAUACUGGAUUCACGCGACUACGACGUUGUAGCCGUUAUGCCAACAACACAAAAGACACUACAAGCAGCUUGUGAAGUGCUAAACUGUGAUUUAAUCAAUUUGGACUAUUUCUGCCAUUAUGCACAGUUCAAAGUCAAGCGAGGAAUGGCUACUUCAGCCCUGCAUCGAGGGUGUUACUUCGAAGUUAACAUGGCCACCCUAGACCACAUAGAAGGUCUAGGCGACUCAGGUAACCGGGCAUCAAAAGAAGUAGCCAAAGUGUUUCGUAUGCAGCUUGCCCGAGUGCUAAACUACAUUCCACUCAACCGACUUGUUAUAUCGCCGGGGCAUACAGAUUACCGACGGCUUGUUGAUGCUAGCACAUUUGUAGGAUCAUGUGACGAGUUGCUAUCAAGCGCAACGGGUGAACGUUGUAGCACCCGUGUUUGCGUAACGGAAGCACCCAGGGGGUGCCUAGCUAAAGGCGCUGCCAGGAGGACUUAUGGAACUGGAAUAGUCAUAAACAUGGCAUCAGAAGAGCUCGGUACCAAGUUUAAUUGGGUACAAAAAGAACCCUUGGACAAGGACUAACUUGGUAGUCAAACUUCAUGUGCUUUAGCAACU